UACCUAAACCCUCCCUUCCUUCCACUCGUCCCUCUUCUACUACCAUGGGGCCCCCACCACCACCACCACCACCUAUUAGGAGAUCUCCAGAACAGAUCAAUCCUUUUCCUUUCAGUUUUAACCUUCCCUAUCCAUUACUGCUUCCUAUCCCUAUUCCUAUUCCUAUCCCUAUCCCUGUACCAAUGAGCUUCUUCUUUAACACGGAGACAAGGGUGAAAGAAGAACCCCUCGUGGAGCCAAACUGCACCGGGAGUGGACGGAAACGGAAAAACUCUGAUAUCCCGGAAAAGGAAACUAAACCGGAAACACGUGGAACUGAGGUUGAAAACAAAAUGGCAAGAGUUACCCAGAUAAAAAGUGAAAAUGUAGAGAGCAAUGGAGAUAUUUUUCAAUUUCCAGACAGAUCUGAGCAACUCAGAUACACGUCACCCUCUCCAGACCAACUCAGAUAUAUUGCACCUUCUCCAGACCAAUCCAAAGACAGCAAGCAACAGCUAACAUACACACUAAAACAACCACCUCCAAUUGUCGUGAAGAAAACAGUUCUACAAAAGUCCGCAAGCAGUGUUUUCGCGGUCAAAUCUCAGCCUCAAAUUACCGCUUUGGAAAAACGAACGGCGGGUCAACCUCAGCUGGUAUCCGCCGUUUCUGAUAAAGCGGCGGUUACAGCAAGUGAACCACAGCUGUCACCUCCUGAUAAACUUACAACAACAACAACAUCCCCUCAGUUGAUGACAGCUGAAGAUCUGGAGAGACGUAAACGACGGGCUCUGAUAAUGGAUAGAUAGAUAGAAACUAAAUAGAUAGAUGGAUAAUAGAGUGUAGAUGGAUAAUAGAGUGUAGAUGGAUAAUGAAGAGGACGGAUAGUGGUUAAAAAGAAGGAUAAUGAAUAAUGGAUAGAUAGAUGGAUGAUGGAGUAAGGAUGGAUAAAGUAUAGGACGGAUAAUGGAGAAAUGAUAAUGAAAAGAUGAGACGACUAAAACAGUUGACAACAUCUUAAGAAUUAAACAAGGAAAAAACAAUCAUCACAUUUUAAAUAAAUUGUGCGGCUUGAUGUGUUGCAUAAAGCAAAGUUCAAACUUUGCUAGAUUAUUUAUAAUCUAAACUUGGAGUGCCUUCUUUUUUAUCCAAAUCAGAUAUAUUUUAUCUUCCAUAAAAUUCUUCUCUAAUAACACUACAAAAAUGCAAAAUAAAUAUGUUUGCCAAGUUGAUAAUGAUUUUUUCUAUUGAUGAUUAAAAAUGUGUGAAUCCAUAUGUAAUCGGCAUAAUAAGAUUUUGUAAUAUUUUUGUACAUGGCGUACAGAAAAUGUUCCUUUUGUAUCUUCUAGUCAUAAUAUCUGUGAAAACAAAAAAGAAAAAAAAUUUACAACCAACAUUUCUAACCUUUAAGAUUCAAGAUUAAGUACAGGGAGACCCAAUAAACAUAAGAUUUUAAUAGACAAUGUUUAUGAGACUACCUAGUGUACAA